AUGCCUGUGCGAAGAGGGCAUGUUGCACCGCAGAAUACCUUUUUGGGGACUAUUAUAAGGAAAUUCGAAGGUCAAAAUAGAAAAUUCAUCAUUGCGAACGCAAGGGUACAGAACUGUGCAAUUAUUUACUGCAAUGAUGGAUUUUGUGAAAUGACGGGCUUCUCAAGGCCGGAUAUCAUGCAGAAGCCAUGUACAUGUGAUUUUCUGCAUGGCCCAGAAAGCAAGCGGAAUGCUAUUGCCCAGAUUGCUCAGGCUCUGCUAGGCUCAGAAGAAAGGAAGGUCAAUGUCAUAUACUAUCGCAAAGAUGGAUCAACAUUCUUGUGCAACACCCACAUAAUUCCUGUGAAAAACGAAGAAGGAGUGGUCAUAAUGUUCAUUAUAAACUUUGAAUUUGUUGAUGAAGAAAAAUCCUUGCAGUCUGCAGAUGGCUUAAAUCAUAUGUCGCCUUCCAAAGAUGCACGUAAAUUUUUCAGAUUAAAGUUGCCUGCUAUAAGACUUCUUACAUCCAGCAAGCAAUCACUCCCCCAAGAGGAUCCUGAUGUGGUGGUGGUGGAAUCUUCUAAAGUAAGCAACGAUUCUUUGGCCAUGAAGGACUUGAAAUCCCCUGCAAGUGAAAGUUGUGGUCCUUCAGAGUUUGAAGACACAAAAGCAUUGACAGAGCCUGGUAGUUCACCUCCAUUUAUCAAUCUGCCAGGGCCUCUAGACCAUUCUUCACCGAAACAACAAUGGGAUAGACUGAAUCCAGAAAUGCUACAGUCUACCUCCGGUCUGACAUACAGCCAGUCAAGGGAAAGUGUGUGCAGUAUGAGAAGAGCAUCGUCAGUCCAUGAUUUUGAAGGAUACCAUGUUAACUCUAGGAUUGUAUUCAGGGAUCGACAUGCAAGUGAAGACAACGGACACAAUGUUAAAGGACCGUUUAAUCAUGUCAAGUCAAGCCUACUGGGCUCCACCUCAGAUUCUAAUCUCAACAAAUAUAGCACAAUUAGCAAGAUUCCUCAAAUCACCCUGAACUUUUCUGAUAUAAAAGCUGAAAAGAAGAGUUCAUCUCCGCCUUCAUCAGAAAAGACCAUCAUUGCACCGAAAGUGAAGGAAAGGACGCACAAUGUCACAGAAAAAGUGACACAGGUUCUUUCUCUCGGAGCUGAUGUUCUUCCAGAGUACAAGCUUCAGACACCUCGCAUCCAUAAACUCACUAUCCUGCACUAUAGUCCUUUCAAGGCCGUUUGGGACUGGCUAAUCUUACUCCUGGUCAUCUACACCGCAAUCUUCACUCCCUACUCCGCAGCCUUCCUACUAAAUGACAGGGAGGAGCAGAAGAGAAGAGAGUGCGGAUACUCCUGCAGCCCACUGAAUGUUGUGGAUUUAAUCGUGGAUAUUAUGUUCAUUAUUGACAUCCUAAUAAACUUCAGAACAACUUACGUAAACCAAAAUGAAGAGGUGGUUAGUCAUCCAGCAAAAAUUGCGAUUCACUAUUUCAAAGGCUGGUUCCUUAUUGACAUGGUUGCAGCUAUACCAUUUGACCUUCUCAUUUUUGGAUCAGGGUCUGAUGAGACGACAACGCUGAUUGGUCUCCUGAAGACAGCCCGUCUGCUGCGCUUGGUGAGAGUUGCCCGUAAACUAGACCGCUACUCCGAAUACGGGGCUGCUGUCCUGAUGCUGCUUAUGUGCAUAUUUGCCUUGAUUGCUCACUGGCUCGCUUGCAUUUGGUACGCCAUCGGGAAUGUGGAACGACCGUACCUGGUACACAAGAUUGGUUGGUUGGAUUCUUUAGGAGAACAAAUAGAGAAACGAUACAAUUACAGUGAUGCCAACUCUGGGCCCUCUAUCAAAGAUAAAUAUGUGACAGCUCUCUACUUCACCUUCAGUAGUCUGACAAGUGUCGGAUUUGGAAACGUAUCGCCUAACACCAACUCAGAGAAGAUCUUUUCCAUCUGUGUCAUGCUUAUUGGUUCCCUAAUGUACGCCAGUAUCUUUGGUAAUGUCUCAGCAAUUAUCCAGAGACUGUAUUCGGGAACAGCAAGGUAUCAUAUGCAAAUGCUUCGAGUCAAGGAAUUCAUACGCUUUCAUCAGAUUCCCAACCCUCUCCGUCAGAGGCUAGAGGAAUAUUUCCAACAUGCUUGGACAUACACAAAUGGCAUAGAUAUGAAUAUGGUCCUUAAGGGAUUUCCUGAAUGUCUCCAGGCAGACAUAUGCCUUCACCUCAACCAGGCAUUACUUCAGAACUGCAAGGCAUUCAAAGGAGCCAGUAAAGGAUGUCUCCGAGCUCUGGCCAUGAAGUUUAAAACCACACAUGCUCCUCCUGGUGACACUUUAGUUCAUAGCGGUGAUAUCCUUACUGCUCUCUACUUCAUCUCCAGGGGCUCUAUAGAAAUCCUGAAAGACAACAUUGUAGUAGCAAUCCUUGGGAAAAAUGACAUCUUCGGCGAAAUGAUCCACCUUUAUGCAAGACCAGGGAAAUCUAAUGCUGAUGUACGAGCACUGACGUACUGCGAUUUGCAUAAGAUCCAAAGGGAAGACCUAUUAGAAGUUUUGGAUAUGUAUCCAGAGUUCUCCGACUACUUCUUAACGAAUCUGGAACUCACAUUCAAUCUGCGAGAUGAAGGGUCAAAGGCAGAUAUUCUACUCAAAGCAGAAUCAAGCAAUGAUUCAGAUGAGGAUGUUCCCAGAACCAGAAGAAGAAAACUUUCCUUUAAAAAGAGAACCAAUGGAGAAGAUGAUGAAGAAGAAUAUGGGAAGCAGGGAGCAUCUCAAAACAUCCCAAAAUGUGACCAGCAACAUUAUUAUAAAAAAAGGGAUUUAGAAGAAAAACCAAGUACUUCAUCUUCCCUUUCUACCUCUGUGGACGAGGAGAAAAAGCCACUAUGUUCUGGAAUAUUGGACUAUCCUGCUGAGAUAGAAGUGAACUGCAGACUGGGGUUUGCACAAGGAUCCGAAAUUCAAAGUAGAAAAGCUGAAAGAAGAACUAAGAUGCCAGAUUCCAGUGAGAGACUAAAGGACUGGGAAAGUGGGAAAACAGCAGAAUACCCUGAUAUGUCUACUCAAUCAGCAAGUUCUCAAGCAGCCCAGGGUAUCUCAGAGUCAGGAAGUGAUUUAACCUAUGGUGAAGUUGAGCACAGACUAGAUUUACUUCAGGAACACCUCAGCAGACUGGAAUCACAAAUGUCUACUGACAUUCAUGCCAUCUUGCAGUUACUGCAACGGCAGUCUAUGUCAGGACCGCCUGCAUACAGCAUGGUAACAACCAUAAGAGACUACCAGAGAUCAUCAUCAAGAAUGGUACAUACAGUCCAACCUGUAACCACAAACCACAGUUUUCCCACAACUCCACAGAGUCCAGAGUUUUCAGAUUUUGAAAAAUCCAAACUGAAAUCCAAAGAGUCAUUGUCCAGUGGCGUACAUCUCAACACAAUAUCAGAAGACAACUUUGCCACAUUUUUGGACCAAGAACCAGAACAAAUUUUACAGUCCCAACAACAGCAGCAGCAACAACAGUCGCAAUCCUCUUUGCAUACAAUGCGACACCCUUCCUUACCAGAUUCCUCAGUAAGCACCAUGGGACUGCUGGGUCUUCACAGGCAUCUGUCAGAUCCUGGUCUUCCAGGCAUAUAGCCAAUUAGUACU